GGUGUGGUGCAAUGUCUGUGAGUGCAACCGGCAGCUAGAGCGUAUGUGUAUGCGCCUGCAUAGACGCGUGUGUGAGUGCAAGCGGCAGCCACCGUGAGAGGAAAACAUAAGAUGAGCGCUUUAAGAGAGAGAAAGACAUGAAGAGAGGACUGGAGGAACUCUCUUUGCUUUAUGACUCUGCUUAGACUGGGACUGUAAGAACUUCCUGAGAGAGAGAGAGAGAGAGAGAGGGAGGAAGGAAAGAAAGAAAGAGAGGAGGGGGAGAGGAAUGUGGGGGUUUGCUUACAGGAUUAAGUGUCUUGAAGGCGGAAUGGGAAGCAGAUCACACGUGGAAGUCUGCAAGGAUCUGGAGGACUGAGCACUGUUGGCGUUGUCCUCCCUCUCUUUCCGAGAGGCGGAGAGCAGGAUGGUGCGACCCUUCACUUCUAGUUUUUCUCAGCAUGAGGACUCUCUGACUCUGUGAGUUUGGGAUUAGUUACCAUUGUUUGAUUGACAGCCCAAGGCUCCUGAUGGAGCAGGAGCUAGGAGCAGGUUCACAGGACAGGGAAGAAGUCACAACCUCUCUGGCCUCCACGUCCGCUUCUUCAUCCAACUCUGACCUCCCAUCCAACCCACAGCCUGAGGGGGAGAGAGUCGCAGUGGGUCGCCGGCAUAGCAACAGGACUUUUACUGGGUUACGGCUGUUUGGAAGGAGGAAGGCCAUUGCCAAGUCCGGUCUCCAGCACCUCUCAUGCCAGCCCAGUGCUGCUGUGUUGGCCAAGGGGGAAACAGACAGAGAAAUCCGCAGCACAGUGGACUGGAGUGAAUCAGCUCUGUACGGAGAGCACAUCUGGUUCGAGACGAAUGUCUCUGGGGACUUCUGUUACGUCGGAGAACAGCACUGUUACGCCAAAUCCCUGCAAAAGUCUGUUGCUCGGAAAAAGUGUGCUGCUUGCAAGAUCGUAGUUCACUCCAUCUGCAUUGAACAGCUGGAAAAGAUAAACUUCAGAUGUAAACCAUCUUUCAGGGAGUCCGGUUCACGGAACAUCCGGGAACCAGCAAUAGUGCGACACCACUGGGUCCAUCGGAGAAGACAAGAGGGCAAAUGCAAACAGUGUGGAAAGGGGUUUCAGCAGAAAUUUGCCUUUCACAGUAAAGAGAUUGUAGCCAUUAGCUGCUCCUGGUGCAAACAAGCAUAUCAUAAUAAGGUGACAUGCUUUAUGCUGCAGCAAAUAGAAGAACCGUGUUCAUUAGGAGCACAUGCCGCCGUUAUAGUACCUCCUACCUGGAUCAUACGGGUUCGCCGACCUCAGUCCUCACUAAAGUCAAGCAAAAAGAAGAAACGAACAUCUUUCAAACGCAAAUCCAGCAAGAAAGGAGCAGAGGAGGCUCGAUGGAAGCCCUUCAUUGUGAGACCUAUUCCCUCUCAACUCUUGAAGCCACUGCUGGUGUUUGUAAACCCAAAGAGUGGAGGAAACCAGGGAGCUAAAAUCAUCCAGUCCUUUCUGUGGUGUCUGAACCCUCGGCAGGUUUUUGAUCUCAGUCAGGGGGGUCCUCAGGAAGGCUUGGAGAUGUAUCGCAAAGUUCACAACUUGAGAAUUUUGGCCUGUGGUGGGGAUGGCACGGUGGGCUGGAUUUUGUCCGCUCUUGAUCAGCUGCAGCUAAACCCUUCUCCUGCUGUGGCAGUACUUCCUUUGGGCACGGGAAAUGACCUCGCUAGGACGCUAAACUGGGGUGGGGGUUACACAGAUGAACCUCUGAGUAAAAUCCUAUCUCACGUUGAGGAUGGGAAUAUUGUACAGCUGGAUCGAUGGAAUCUUAUUGUGAAGCCCAACCCAGAGGCGGGGCCAGAGGAAAGAGAUGAGCAGGUGACAGACAAGCUCCCUUUGGACGUCUUCAAUAAUUACUUCAGCCUUGGGUUUGAUGCUCAUGUGACUUUAGAGUUCCAUGAAUCCCGAGAGGCCAACCCUGAGAAAUUUAACAGCCGAUUCAGAAACAAAAUGUUCUAUGCAGGGACAGCGUUUUCUGAUUUCUUGAUGGGCAGCUCCAAAGACCUGGCUAAACACAUUAGAGUGGUGUGUGACGGCACCGAUUUGACCUCUAAAGUGCAGGAUUUGAAGCUGCAAUGCCUGGUCUUCCUCAAUAUCCCCAGGUACUGUGCGGGCACUAUGCCAUGGGGCAAUCCAAGUGAGCAUCAUGACUUUGAGCCUCAGCGUCAUGAUGAUGGCUGCAUUGAGGUCAUUGGAUUCACGAUGACAUCACUGGCUACGCUGCAGGUCGGAGGUCACGGUGAGAGGUUAAAUCAGUGUCGUGAAGUCACCCUCACCACCUUUAAGUCAAUCCCCAUGCAGGUGGAUGGCGAGCCUUGCAAACUAGCUCCAUCUGUUGUUCACAUCUCCCUGAGAAACCAGGCCAACAUGGUGCAGAAGACCAAGAGACGCACAUCAAUACCACUGCUCAAUGACAGUCAGCAGCCAUUUCCAGAAAGAUUACGGAUCAGAGUGAGCCGUAUCAGCAUGCAUGAUUAUGAAGCUCUGCACUACGAUAAGGAGAAACUCAAAGAAGCUUCAAUUCCACUGGGUCUCAUCGUUGUCCCGGGAGACAGUGAUUUGGAAACCUGCCGAGCUCACAUCGAGAGACUACAGGAGGACUUUGUGUCGUGUCACCCAUCUCUGCAGCGGCUGGUGCUCCAGGAAGGUGACGGGACCAAAUCAAAGGCUUUGUCGUCUCAGAGGCUGUCGCCAAAAUGGUGCUUUCUCGACUCUACAACAGCUGAUCGAUUCUACAGGAUUGAUCGAGCUCAAGAGCAUCUUAACUACGUGACUGAAAUUUCUCAGGAUGAGCUGUUCGUUUUGGACCCAGAGCUGGUUGUCACAGAGACGGUCAGCACAUCGCCAGGCAUGCCAGACCUGGUGGACUCCUCUAGUGAUGCCCCUUCUGAUCCACGUAAAUUUGCCUUCCCAUCAUCCUCUUCUUCUCCACCAAACUCACCCGGACCCAGGGUUGAAGAGCUCCAAAGGAAGCGUGUUUCCAGUGACAGUUCUGUGGCAGAAGCUCUUGCACACAGUGACUCGCUCAGAUCAGCCAAACCAGCUCUCAGCAGGGUGGGGGGUGUUCAUCGCUCAAAUACAACAGCAGCAGAUUUCAAACCUACCAGCAGGUUUGACAAGAGCAACCUGAACAAUGCAAACUCUGUGUCAGCAGACAGUCUAAUUGAAUGUGUGAAGAAGAAGGACCAUCAGAAGUUGAAGGAGCUGCAUAAGAAGGGGGCUGACCUGUGUGUGCAGGACGCUGUGGGCCGCACCCUGCUGCACUAUGCUGUGGAAGUGGGAAGCAAGGAGAUCGUCAGAUACAUCAUUGAUAAUGCACCCACUGAUAUCCUGGAUGUAACAGAGAGAGAAAAUGGAGAGACAGUAUUGCACAAAGCGGCCUCAUUGUGUCAGAGGACAAUCUGUCAUUACCUAGUGGAGGCGGGAUCAUCUCUCAUGAAGACAGACUUACAGGGCGACACUCCAAAGCAUCGUGCCGAGAAGGCGAAAGAUGCAGAACUUGCGGCGUAUCUCGAGAACCGCCAGCACUACCAAAUGAUCCAGCGUGAAGACCAGGAGACUGCAGUUUGACCUUUAACCUCUCACCCUUCACCUCAACCGGUGUCCUCCUUUUUGUGCCAAAACAACAGUAACCAAAAAUGUAUCGCUAAACCCGUCUUAGGCUCUCUGGACCGCAGGGGGGUGAUGCAUUCCCAGAGAGGGAAGAUGGUUGCACACUUUACUGUCUCUGAAGAGGUCCCAAGCUUUCAUCAUCUUUCUCUGAAUGACCUGUUGGACUUAAUGUCUUUCAUUUCAUUGCACUGCCAAAACAUCUUAGAGUUUGUAUGUAUGAGACAGAAUGCAUAUGUUAAUGCACUCAUCAAGCUUGCUUUUCUAGUUUGACAGUGCUGAAUGUUAAAUGAAUACGAUGAGGAUUUAAAGAUGCAUGGGCUGGUGUCUGUCUCCAGAUUCAUCCCUGCCUGUAUGUGUAUCUGGAGCAUUCACCGUAGCCCUGACUCCACAGCUAGGUUCAGUAUUGCUCUGUCAUGACUGAGCAUUAAUCUGGUUAGUGGUACACAACAGGAACCGGAACCGGAACCAACAUUUCAGUUAGCGGACUUAUUUCCUAAAGACAGUAGAGCCAUUAAAUGACGUUGUUAAUGUAUAAUGUAACUUUUUAGAUUGCCCUGCACUGAAAGAGUUUAGGUUGGUUCAAAGAUAGGAAUGUUUUCUGGGGUCUUGAUCUGAAGCAUCAGAACCAUUUAGAUAUUUUUCAGGUGUGUUAUUGGAAGGAUUUUGCAUUUUCAUAGAUUUCUGUGCUGUUUCUAAUAACAUUCGGUACUGUAAAUGUAUGCGAGUAGCUUUCUGUUUAAGAGGCAUUUGCACUGUAGCUUUGAUUGCCUUCUUUAUUCUAUACUCUGGAUUUAUAAUUGUUGUACUAAAAUAUAGCUUCUUUCCUACAAUAUUUUUAAGUAAAUAGAUGUUUAUAUAAUUUGUAGCUCUAAAAGAUGUGUUGUCAUGUUUGUAUUAUAAAAUUCUGUAAAUUAGAUUUUGGUUUAUUGGAGUUGAGAACAGAUCUCUCUGUGAUUCAGCUCAUUUUUCUUAAAUCUUUGUGAUAAAACAACGCACUCUAUAAGAGUUUAUUGUUUUGUUUCGUAUUUUUUUAGUGCUGAUGUCUUAAUGCAGAUUGAAGAUUUUAGGAUGCUUAUAUUUAUUUUCCUAAAUCAUUAUAUAUUGAAAUUCAUUUGGCCUUGAAAGCAUACAUAUUUAAUAAUAUUAGUAAUUUAUGACUUAUUUCAAUUAUUUACAUUAUAGAAUUAAACUCUUUUCUGUCCAGAGAGUUAGGCCUACUACUUCAUUAAUGAUAUGACCCACUGAUUUCAAAGUUCUUUACAAUGUAAUUAUACAGUAUGUAUGCAUAUUCAUAUUGUAAAUAAGUAACACUGUGUUUGGGUUGAACACACUAGCAUCUUUAGUGCUCUUCAUUUGCUGUUGGAAAUGCAUUUUCAGCACUCUCAAUUGUGUUUUUUCUUUGGAAAGUUUGAGUGUUUCAAAAACCAUCCAUCCAUCUCACCCUUUUACCCAGACAGCUGUUUGCAGGAGCCUUGAUGAACGAGAUUAUAUGAAUGACAUCAUAUGCCAUAAACACUGAACUCUUUCAAUAAACAUGUGAUAUGUCUUAAUGAUCGAUUUUCUUAAAUUCUAAGACUUUUUUUAAGGGUUUGAGAUCCCCCCCCCCCCUCAGACAUUUUUAGUAUGAAAAAUAGGGUUUGUUGUCCAUGGCAAUUUUCUUUUUUCAUCCUUUCAUCCUUUUCAUGUUCCAUCUGAGAAGUGUAAAGGCUGAUUGUGCGAUAUGUAUCGGAUACAAAUACAUUUGGAUUUUGAAGUUUGGUGUUGCUAAAUAACUCCUGUACUAUAGUAAUCAAAAAGCUGUUUCAUAUAGUUUUUAGACAAAUGCAUUCUGGGAGAAAACAAAGCUAGCAGAUGGGCUGACACUGUAAAUGGUCUUCAAACCAACAGAGCUUUUUACUCAAUCAUGCCAACUUCAUUCCUUUACUGAGGAAUUUCGGUCAUUUAAUUUUACUGUUUGAGAUAAACAGCCUACAGGAACCUCUCGCGCUCACAGUGAUUGAAGGGAUUAAGAGACAAUUUUGUGAGUUUUGAGGCUUUCAAUUUCUUCAUAAUUAUCAAAAUCCUAAAACUUGAGUUUGUCAGACUAAUGGGCAGAACAGAUGGCAUAGAUUUGCCACAAAUGUUUGAACUCAUUCAUCAACACUUGGAGUGAGUUCUUCUUAUGUACUGUAGUAGUUAGAACCAAUUUUAACGUCGCUUAAAUCUUAGAAAGCAGUUGUACUGAGUAUAUGAUAUCAAUUCAGUUUGUUACAACAUUUUAUUUCUUAUUUAAAAUAUGUUAGAUCCUUGCUUCAUCUUUUUUCUGUAAAACGUCUAAUUGAUUUGGACUUCCUUAGAAAUACAACAGCCUUAAAUUACUUAAGUGAUUUACAAAUGUGAGUAUGUCCACAAUUCCAUACCUGAUUAUUAGCCAUAUGAAUUUUUGACUGGCAUGAUGAUGUUCUACUGCAUGAACUCAGUCCACAGCUGUUAACUCAGUGCAGUUGAUAUUUUAAUGGGCAGUUUUUAAGUGCUGUAGACUGCAUUUAGCAUAUCAUUUCUAUAGCUCUAAGGGCAAGUGAGGUCUAUCCCCUGCAUUAGCCCACUGUACCUUUUAAUUGAGUCUGGUUUUAAGAUUUUAUCACUCAGGCUUUAAUGAUAUGGUUCUUUUGUUUUGGUGUUGAUCCAUUUACUCUGUGGCACAUUCAGAAGAGAUUGUAAGUGAUGCUGGCAGCAUCAUAUUACCCUUCGGUCUCCUCUGCUAUGAUUUAUUCUCGUCCAACCAA